AUGUCAAACGCAAAUUCAAAUGAAUUGAGUAGUCCUAUUGAUCAAAUGUCUUAUGUUAUUUUUCUUUCUACUCAAGAUUUAUCUACAAGCUCAGUCAUGGAUGAUGCCACUACAAAUGUUGAUGAAUCAAAUCAAAACAAAGAAAAAGAGGAUGAGGAAAAUUCAUUUUGUCUAAAGAAAAGGAAGCAGACUUCGAAAGUGUGGACUAAGUUUAAGAAAAUUACACUUUCUGAUGGAACAAUGAAGGCAGAAUUAAGAGAAGUCAUUGCUCAUAUGAUUCUUGUUCAUGAGUUGUCAUUCAACUUUGUAGAGUAUGAGGUCUUCAAUUUGUUAAUGAGAACUACAACUUCAUAUUAUCAUAAGGUUAGUCGUGCAACUGCAAGGAAAGAUUGUUUUUCUGUGUAUGAAAUUGAGAAGAAAAAAGUGCAGGCAUUACUGAAGGACACUGACAAGUUACAAAAACAUACUUUGAAUUUUUGUGAUGUCCCACCACCUCAUACAGGAGUUGUUAUAUGUGAUGUCCUACAAAAAUGCUCAGUUGAAUGGGGCAUCGAAGAUAAGGUAUGGACUAUUAGUGUUGAUAAUGCCAGGUAUAAUGAUGUUGCUGUUAGGAUGUUGAAGGAUAAUAUUGCUUACAAGAAUAGUCUUGCACAUCAUGGUAAAUUAUUUCAUGUGAGAUGUUGUGCACAUAUUUUGAAUUUAUUAGUGCAGGAUGGUUUGUCUGAGAUUGCAGAUAUAAUUAAAAAUGUGCGUGAAAGUGUAAAACAUCUUGUUGUUUCUAAGUCUCGCUGUUUAAUUUUUAGUGAAAUUGCAAAGCAAUUGAAAUUACCUUCCAAGAAGCUUCUUUUAGAUUGUGGCACAAGGUGGAAUGCAACUUAUUUCAUACUAUCAGCUGCUUUGAAGUUUAAAGAUGUCUUCCCUCGAUAUCAGCAAAGAGAUUCAAGUUAUACAUAUUUGCCUAGUGAGGAUGAUUGGCAAAAGGUUAAGGAAGUGUGCUCUUUUCUUGAAGAAUUUAAUGAAAUUACCAAUGUUAUUUCAGGUACUGAAUAUCCAAUUUCAAAUUUAUUUCUUCCUGAACUUCAUUCAAGAAAAAAAUUAUUAGAUAAAGCACAUGAAAAUGGGGAUAUUUAUAUGAAAGCCAUGGUUGGUAAGAUGAAAUCUAAAUUUGAUAAGUAUUUGGGUGAUUGUAAUUUGUUGAUUUUUCUAGCAGCUUGUUCUCGUCCUCGUCCUCAUCAUCAGCUUCAUCUGCUUGAUCAGGAGGCUGUGCAGAAUUUCCCUCACUGGGAGCUGAAGGCUGGCUGCCUUGCCUUUGACUCACAAGCUACAUAA